CUAUGAGUCUUCCAUUCAAGUUUACUCUUCUUUCAUGUUUCCAUUCAUUCAUUUCAUCCUACAGAGCUGCCUGCCCUCUCUUUCUCUAGAUUCGAUCGGUGUUUUUGUGUUUAUUCAAUACUUUGUCUUCUAACUUGCUUUCCAAAUUUUAAGAUAUGAUCAAUUGAUUGAUUAUCCUUUUAUUUUUAUCAUGUUUUGUUAAUGAGUUCCUUGAUUCUUGGAUGAAUUGUUAGUCUUUAAUCUUUUUGUAUCAUUUGUGAUUUUGCAUAAUGAAAUUGUUAAUUAGCUUGCCCCAAGAAUUAGAGUUUGAAGGAUGCUCUCUUACACAUAUGCCGUCGUUUGAUCUCGAAUUAAUCUUGGAAGUCCUUACUAAUUAGAAUGACAGUGUAGACUUCUUUGUUAGUUCUGAAUUAUUGAAUUGUGGUAGUCUAAUUUGUUACUCUCGAAUUAAUUUAAAUUACCAGGAGAGUCAUGAAAUUGAAGUUAUUAGUUAUUAUUGUGCCUAAAUAUUCUCCUGCGAUAUGUACUUUUUUUGAUCAUCUUUGCCCUAUUUUAUUGACUUUAUUGUCUAUUUGGUUGAGGCUUCAUGUAAAAGAAAGGAUAUGUUUCGAUAAAGACAACAAGAACUUAUACUGAAAUAUUUAGAAAGUGGAGAUUUUUUUUUAACUCAAGCAGUGGAUACAUGGUGGGGUUCACACCAUAAAACAAUACUUCAUCUUUUUUUAUGUGGACAGUAGCAGUGGAAGUGUUUGGGAAUAUAAUUAAAUAUUUUAGUCACACCAAGAUUUUAGUCCUGGUUCCGUCACUUGUAAUUGACACAUCAUUUGGGAAAUUUAUUUGGGAUAACACGGCUUAUAUUAGUGAGGUUGAUGUAAUUGCAGGAUUUAUGUCUAUUUAAAAACUCGAUAUUCAAUAUGAUAUUCAAUAGAAGGAUGACAUGUGAAAUUUGGGAAAAGUUUUGGGAAAAAUCACACAAUUUUCUUUUUCUGAUUAUCAUUUCCCUUUUGUAGCUCCCUGAAUCUAAAGAAUCCAAGUGUGGUGACUAUAAAUAACAAGACUCGGUCAGCAAACAACAAAGACUCUGUUUCUCACUUGAUGACAACCACCACAGCCAAACAAAAAAUCACCCAUCUACCCAUAUUUUCACAUACCAUGUCGCCAACUAACUCUUCAGAUGACAUGAAACUUCUUCCACCAUUUCCAGCUCCUGAUCCCGGCAUGAUCUCUACUCAAAACCUCGAAUCCGACAUUCGAAUCCUCACCUCAGGGGGACACCACAUUCCGGCGCACUCCAGCUUAUUGGCCUCUGCUUCGCCUGUACUGGGAAGCAUUAUAGCUAGCCUGAGAGAGAACAGUUGCUCCGCAAACACUAUUCAGAUUUUUGGCGUGCCUUAUGAUGCCGUUUCUGUGUUCGUUGGCUUCCUCUAUACAUCCAUGUGUGCCGAGGAAGAAAUGGAGAAGUUUGGGAUCCAUUUACUAGCUCUUUCUCACGUCUACUUGGUACCGAAGCUGAAGCGAAGGUGCACAAAGGCAUUGGCUCAGCAAUUGACAGUUGAGAAUGUGGUGGAUGUUCUUCAACUCACGAGACUUUGUGAUGCGCCUGAUCUUUACUUUAAAUCCAUGAAGUUGAUCGAUGAAAAUUUCAAGGCUGUGGAACAUACAGAAGGAUGGCAGUUCCUGCAACAGAACGAUCCGUUUCUCGAGCUUGAGAUUCUGCAGUUCAUCGAAGAAGCUGAAUUGAGGAAAAAGAAUACAAAGAAGCACAGAGAAGAUCAGAGCUUGUAUUUACAGCUAAGUGAAGCCCUGGAAAGCUUAGAACAUAUAUGUACAGAAGGUUGUACUAGUGUUGGACCUCACGACAUAGAGCCGAGUAGGACUAAAGGUCCGUGUAGCAGGUUUUCGACGUGUGAAGGACUCCAGCAUUCGAUCAGACAUUUUGCUGCGUGCCAGAAAAAGGUUAAUGGAGGGUGCUUGAGGUGCACGAGAUUUUGGCAACUUCUUAAACUCCACUCCUCCAUCUGCGACAACUCUGAUAUCUGCAGAGUUCCUAUGUGCAGAGAGUUUAAGACGAGAACUGAAUUGCAGAAGAAGCGCAAGGAUAUAACAAGGUGGGAUUUAUUGGCGAAGAAAGUAAUGUCGGCUAGAGUCAUAUCAUCAUUGUCUGUUACAAAGAAGAAAAUAAAAGAGGAGCCAAGGGAAUGACAUACGUAACAAGCAUGGUCAUUCUGGAACUACAAGCUUCUCAGUAUUAGCAGAAGCAACUAGUUGGCUCUGAAUAUAAAUUGUGGGUGAAUUUUGUUUCCCUCAUUUGUUUAAGUUGUCAAUUUUUUUGUUGGUGGUGGCACUGUAUCUGGUAUUUAGUUUUUAGAUCUUAAGAGGGAAAGUGUGCUUGGUAGAUAGUUAAAAAGGUGUGAGUGUUUUUGUCACUUAUCUAUAAUGUAAACUAGAAAGGAAUGGUUGGUUAUGCCAUGCUCCUGUUCAUAUGCAUUUGUUCUUGGAGAAUAUUAUUAAUAUACAUUUUGAUGGUUUAUUCUUUA